AUGGCACCUCACUCUCGACACGAAGAAUACCAAUACCUUGAGCUCAUUGAGCGAAUCUUGGAACAAGGCGAGCAUCGUGCUGAUCGAACAGGCACAGGCACCUUGGCAAUCUUUGCACCACCCCAGUUACGGUUUUCAUUACGAGACGACGUAUUUCCUUUAUUGACAACCAAACGCGUGUUUUUCCGUGGUGUGCUCGAGGAGUUGCUUUGGUUCAUCAAGGGAGACACCAAUUCAAAUCACCUGAGUGAACGUAAAGUCAAAAUAUGGGAUGGCAACGGAUCUCGUGAAUAUCUCGACAAGCUCGGCUUCGCUGACCGCAAGCAAGGAGACCUUGGACCUGUUUAUGGCUUUCAAUGGCGUCAUUUUGGAGCACAAUACGUUGAUUGUGAUACCGACUAUACCAAUCAAGGCAUUGAUCAGCUCCAGGAGGUGAUUGACAAGAUCAAGAAUAACCCUACUGACAGGCGAAUCAUCCUUUCAGCAUGGAAUCCAAAAGACAUUCCACAAAUGGCUUUACCUCCUUGCCAUGCGUUUUGUCAGUUCUAUGUGUCAAAUCCGAAGAAUGGAAAAGGACGACUCUCCUGUGCUAUGUAUCAAAGAUCAUGCGAUAUGGGUCUUGGAGUUCCAUUCAACAUUGCGUCUUAUGCGCUCUUGACAAGGAUGAUUGCUCACGUCACGGAUCUAGAACCUGGUGAAUUCAUUCACGUGAUGGGAGACACGCACGUAUACGUUGACCAUGUCGAUGCUUUAAAGCAACAGCUUCAACGAGAACCACGCCCAUUUCCUAAACUCAAAAUUGCACGCAAGAUUGACUCCAUUGACGAUUUCAGAGUCGAUGAUUUCGAAGUACUAGACUAUCAUCCUCAUGGCAAAAUUGAUAUGAACAUGUCAGUAUAA